AUGGUUGCUGAAUUGCCACUGAGUCCAACUUUGUCUGAGGAUACUAAUGAUGUUCCUUCGAUGGACCUCUUGGACCCCAAGACUCCAAACUCUACUAAUCUUUUGGAUGCAAGAUACGACAAGUACUUGCAAUUGAUAACAAUCAUUCAAAGGUUUGCGGACGGCUAUUUGAAAAUGGCUUCUGCAAACGUUAAAAUGAACGACCAGUUAAGUAAGUCAACUCUUGGCAAGGAUUUGCCGAAUUUCGAGGCAAGCCCGGAGGGAAUGUCGGCAGUUAGUGGCUCUGCUGUCGCCAACAAAACGGCCAGUGCAGUGGAAUCAGAUGCCGCAUCUCCUACAUUUUCUUCAGAGGUUUCGGUGCCCGAGGAGGAUAUUGAUAUCAACGUGUUUGUUUAUUCUCUUAGAAGAAAUAUCACUGCUCUUUAUAAUUCCUCGAUCGCAUUGGAGCGCCAGAUUGAGGAUGAGAUUCUACCACCAGUGAAGAAACUUUACUCGGAAGUUGAUUCAAGAAAGAAAGACUUUAUAUCUGAAUCUGGCAAAUUUGAAAAAGAGGUUAGCCAUUCCAGAGCCAACUCUUCCAAGGACAUUAAAAAGUUAGGCGAGUCUAUCCUAGGUUUCAAUUCAGAACGGUCCAAAAUCGACUAUAAGCGUGAUCCAUACAUUAUCAAACGGGGUUUAAUGAAAGAUGCUAUUAGUCAGGUGCAAAUCGAGAACGAAUACAUUGACUUUUUGGAGAACAACGAGAGGGCUAUGAAGGUACUUGAGGCCCAAAUAAUGGCUAUUUUGAAGGAUAGCUUUUCCAAGAUAACUAGCGCUGCAUGUGCUUACUACGGGAAAAAAACUAAUGCAUUCCAGAAUAUCAGUAAUGUGUUGAACGCUGUUCCGAUUGACAAGGAAUGGUACAACUUUGCCGCUAAGAACAGCAAAUACCUCACAAUUAGCAGAUCUACUGACAGUGCUGAUGCGGAACUUACCCAAUCAUUGGGAGUUGCUAGCUUGGACUCGUUGGUCAAAGCCGGCUCAUCACAACACAGUAACACCUUGAAAAGGAACUACCAAGAUGUUGAGUUCACAGGCAAGAAUGACCCAUCUACUUCUCCUACUUUGGAAGGUAACCUCUCUAAGAGGGAAGGUACGUUGAAGAAGAAAUACUCGUCCUAUUACUUUGUGAUUACCAGGUCCAAGUUCUUGCUUGAGCUCCCUACAGAAUCUCUUGAUACCGCCUCACCUUCCCUAGUUCUUUAUCUACCGGAAUGUUUACUAUUGAACAUUAAGCAGGACGGAAAAUUCCGGUUCUCUCUUAAGGGAAAAGAUGUUUCCAACAUUUUGAAAGUAAGAAAGAAAACUUAUACCUUUAAAGCAUCAUCCAAUGAUGAAUUCCUAACCUGGUACAACGUUAUCAGUGAGAUGACCGGAUUGAUGAGUUUGCAGGAAGAAUCUAGGCGUAGCCCAGAUUCUGGAUCUCCUGAUGAAACAGAUAAUGAUACUACCUUGUAA